CCCUUCCUACGCACUGUCAAAGAACGAAGUCCAGCUUUCCUUAGAAAUUAAUGGACUUCUCCGGUGAGGGCUCAAGCCUCUAUCCCGAGAACUUCGAUCCGACAACCGAAUUCGAGUUGUCGGAUUACCUCGUGCUCGACGAUAGGGGUUUUAAGGAAGAUUCGUCAUCGGAAAAUACGGCAUCGUCGGAAAAAGCUUUACGAGGAGCUAAUGAAAUUAGUUGUGCAAUACCAAAAAAUAGCAUCAUAGAAAAGAAGGUGGAACAGAGGCAUCGAGUUGCAUUUAAAACGAAAUCAGAGGUUGAAGUCAUGGACGAUGGAUAUAAAUGGAGGAAAUAUGGGAAAAAGUCAGUCAAGAACAGCCCUAAUCCAAGGAACUAUUAUAAAUGUUCAAGUGGAGGAUGCAAUGUAAAGAAGAGAAUAGAGAGAGACAAGGAUGACCCAAGUUAUGUGAUGACUACUUAUGAAGGUUCUCACAAUCAUGAGAGUCCUUUCAUGGUUUACCAUAAUCAAAUGCUUCCAAAUGCUUGGACCUUCCAAGCUUCUCCACCCUAUUCUUCUUCCACAUGAAAAAAAAUAUUAUACAUGAUAUUCAUACAUACAUGUU